AUGUCGCUCCUUGUCUUUGUGGCCGGCCCUUCACUUGGUGCCCAGCCACUUCGGAUUGCAUCCGGAUGGAGCCCUGACGACCACAGAGGUGCGGUGCACCGGACCGCGUCGCUGAGCCCGACCAGUGCGGCCCUGGUCGCUUCCGGCUUGGUACUUGGCUCGCGCGGCCGCGCCCGUCGACAGCGGACGGUCGCACGGCAACCGAACAGGACGACGCGGCAGUUCUUCGGGAACCUCUUUGGCCCAGAGGAGGUGAUUGAUCCAGAUGAUCCGGGCAGAGUUGGCGUGUGCAAGGAGUAUCAAAGUAUGCCUGGCACUGUCGUGGCCGCGGAGGAGUCGGAAUUUGGAUGGGCAGUGGUCUCCAAGCAUGAGGCCUCUGAGCAGGAUGGGCAUUGGAUUGGGGAAGCCCCUGGGGAAGUGUCCCAAGAGUGGCGGGAGCUUCGCUUGGCCAAGACGUCAACCCGGUCACGGCCCGGGUCCGCGGAAGGGACUGGGCAGAGUGUGGUGAAGGUUCCUUAUUGCAUGGCCUUGGCGUACACCAAGAGUCUGUGUGCUGCUGCCUUGACCGGUGCCCACGUGCAAGAAGCGCUGCCCUUGGACGCCAUCCCUUCCCAGCCUGAGAAGAUGCGGGUGGAUGCUUUGGAGAUUGAUCCCGCCGUGGUGAAGGUGGCGACGGAGGAGAUGGGCUUCCCCAAAGAAGCAGUACGACCCUCCAAGACGGCACAAGAAGCAGGGAAAGAUGCAGUCUCCAACACUGAAGCCCUGCGAGUCUACCUGGUCCCAGGUGAAGACUUUGUGGAAGCUUUAGCAUCCCAGAGUGACGCCUACAAGUAUGAUAUGGUCUUCAUUGAUGCCUUUGAUAAGGCUGGUAAGGUGCCACCCGUUCUCGUGGAUGGCGAAGGUACCUUCUUGCAAAGCUUGAGCCAGGUCCUUGCUCCCAAGGCAACGGUGGUGUUGAAUCUCUUGGUUGGCAUGACGGGCACUGGCAGUUGUGGAGGCCCUCAAGAGAUUGAGGCCAUGGUGACGUCCAUUCAAAAGACGUGCUGCAAUGCUUCCUCCGAGAUCUUCACCAUCCGGACCCCAAUUAGUGAAAGCAGUGGUAAUCAGCUGUACGGAUUUCUACGUGCAGGGCGUUCUGACCGGUCGAAGCCCUUGAAAGAAGCUCUCAAAGAAAGUGCUGAGAUGGUCAAUGCCGACUUCCCGAAAGAUUCGCUGGGACAGAAGAUUCGCUUUGAUUUGGCUCGAAGGGUGGUCUUCAGCUAUCAAGACUGGCCGAAGAAGAAUUGA